GCAAAUUGAGCAAGUAAAUAAUUAGAGAGCCAAUGUUAACUAAUUCUCAUAACUAACAGCUCGAUCGUCAGCGCUACGCACUCCUUUCAAAUUCGUGGGAAUGGUGGCAAGUAAAUGGAAAGUUUUUAAUUGUCUAUGGGUGAUUGCUCUUGCACUGGGAAUUAUAGGUGUACUAUGUGGGAUUAUUGCAGCAGUAAUCGGUCGUCGUUAUAGGAUACAGGUUCCAGAGGACGUUGCGCUUCAAUGUAAAAGACCGGGCUGGGCAGUAGUUCCGGCGUUAGCAUCUCACAUGUUGUCUGCUAUCAUUGCCGUUCUUCUUCGAGCAUCUGUUCCCGUUGCUAGUAAAUGUGUGCGGACGCGCUGGGUUAUUGCAAGCCUCGUAUAUCUUGCACUAUACGGGUUUCUCCUUUGCAAAACAUGGUUUUGGACAAGGUCGUGUGAACUGGCAACGUACCUCAUGAGUGUGGUUGGAGUUCUGAUUGCUGCAGGAAUCUGUUUUACCGGUUUUAAUGCAUAUAUUAUGAGAAAACCUCGAAGGUAUUAUUGGGAGGGCAUAUCGGUCUAAUACUUUGUACCUUUAUCAUACACCCGGGUGUCUCCGUAUAAUAAUACUUUGUACCUGUUGUAAAAUCGUGAGAAUGACAAGUGUGAAUGGUACAUCUUUAUCAUUAAAACACCAAGCUAUUCAUGGUCCAUUGAUCAUUGUAAUAAAC